AUGCAAGUCAAAUGUGUGGGAGCGUCUCCUGCUGACCACAACUCCGGUUCGAAUGGAUUCAAGUUUAGAAGUUCCCGCCAGUCCUAUCGCAACUUGCAGUGGUCUGCAGACGGUACAUGUCUUCUUGCGACCAGCUACAAUCAUUCCAUCGACACAUAUGUAGUGACUGUCAACCUGCUAGAGGAGCGAGAUCUCCCUCAUAGGCUCGACGCCUACUCUAGUCUCACAUCGCCUGAUCCAGUGAAUGCCGUAAUCGGGUACCCAUUCUUCAGCCUUCAAGACCCGACGUCAACGCUGUUGCUGUCCUCGCAGCGCCACCAUCCCGUGCGGCUCUGCUCUGCGCUGACCGGUGAGCGCGUUGCAUCUUACGCUAUCAUCAAUACUCUCACUGAAGAGUACAUAUGCCCCAACUCCCUCGUAUUCAGCUCUACUGGGCAGCACUUCAUCGCAGGCUCCGAGUCACUUAUCUCAAUCUUUGACAUCUCAAGCCCGGGUCAAGAACCCUUAGCUACGGUGCAGACGGGGCCAAAGAGAGUGAAAGACGAUCGUUGGAACCCAAGCACAAGCAUUCGCGGCAUAGUGUCCUCGUUGGCGAUCGAGCCGUCUUCAAAGGUUCUAGCGGCUGGCACUUUCACUCGACAGAUAGGUUUGUACGAAGCCGAGGGGCAGGGAUCCUGCAUUGGUGCGUUCACUGUGACUGGCAACGAUGCUGAUACCAACAUUGGUGGCGGCGGCAUCACUCAGCUCAACUGGAGCCCUUGUGGACGCUACCUUUACAUUGCUGAACGCAAAAGCGAUGGCAUUAUGCUUUACGAUAUUCGACAGACUGGGCAGCUUCUCUCCUGGUGCGAAGGCAGAAACGCCAAUACGAACCAGAGACUCGGUUUCGACAUCACCACCAAUGGAGAGAGCAGUCAUGAAGUCUGGGCGGGAGGCAAGGACGGCGUCGUGAGGAUAUGGAAGGAUGUUCACAUGUCAGAGGGAGGAGUUGCAGCAACAUUCUGCCUCGAUGCACACGAUGGUAACAUUCCUGCAUUUGUCCGUGAUUCCCAACUGAUCAAGUUACAGACCCCAUCUCUGGAGUUGCUCUUCACCGAUCUGGAGGCGUUAUUGCAACAUGCUCUGGCCAGGACCACUUCGCGGCGCAAGAGAAGUCGGCAACCGGGGAUGGAAGCACCUCUCAACCUUCUUGCGCGGUCAAGAUCUGGUCACUGCUAA